GGAGAUGUCCUUUAUUGUUAGGUCAAAGUCUGAGGAGGGAAUAAUAGAGAGAGGGAGCAUGUGAAACCCCAGAAACAGUUUUCAGAGUCCACAAACCAGACACCUCUCCUCCAUGGCUGGGAUGCAGAGGCUAUCAUGGCUUUUCUUUUUAAACUUGCUCCUUCUGGUGGAUCUGCAGGACAAGCCAAGGGACGAUGCACAAUUGACACAGCCUCGGAUGUUUUCAGAUAGUGGUCACCUUGUUUUCACCACCGGUGACAGUAAAGACAUCCGCUUCCAGGCCUCAGCAUCGGGCCGGGUCAAAGUUGGGGAUGAAGACCUCACCCAACUUUUGAGUCAGAUCAAAGUCAACAAAGAAGAGAUUAAUGAAAUUAAGACUCAUGGAGGUGCAAUUCCACCGGAAAUCACCAACCACCUAAAUCAGCUUGAUACCAAGGUGUCAACAAUGGAGAGCAAAUUAAAUGCUCUUGAAUUGACAGUCCAAAAGGUGUCUUGCAAUAGUAACCCCUGCCAGAAUGGAGGAACAUGUCUGAACUUACUAAACUCCUAUCACUGUGUGUGUCCCAACAACUGGACUGGCCAAAACUGUGCCACAGAUGUAAAUGAAUGUCAGCUGUAUUCAGGAACCGUGCAGGGUUGUCAGAACGGUGCAACCUGUAACAACAGUCCUGGAUCAUUCACGUGUAAUUGUUCUCCAGAAUGGUCAGGGAGUCUCUGCACCGUGCGUUAUGACGACUGCAGAAAUGCAGGGCAAGACCUGUGUGUCCGGGGUUUAUGUAUUGAUGCAGAUCGGAUUACACCUGGACAGCCCAAUUUCAAGUGCAUCUGUGAGAACGGCUGGGAGGCUCCACCUGGGAACCCAGCGUGUGUGGCAGAUGUUAAUGAGUGUAACUUAUCCACGCCACCUUGUUCCACCAACCCUCUGGUUCCCUGCCACAACACUCAGGGUUCUUUCUACUGUGGAGACUGUCCUUCAGGUUGGCAAGGCAAUGGCUACAGCUGUCAAGAUGUGGAUGAAUGCCUGACAAAUAAUGGUGGCUGUUCCACCACUCCAAUGGUGCCGUGCCUGAAUACGAUGGGUUCUUUCCACUGUGGCUCCUGUCCUCCAGGUUAUGAGGGGGAUGGGAAGACAUGCACACAAGCUGAUAUCUGCUCUUCAAACAACGGAGGCUGUUACCCCACGGCAACCUGCACCUCCAGUUUAGGUUCAAGCCUCCCUGUGUGUACCUGCCCACCUGGAUUCACGGGCAAUGGCUUUGGUCCAACUGGUUGCGCCCAGUUGAGUAACAUCUGUCAAACCAACAAUCCCUGUGUCAACGGACAGUGUGUGAGCACUAGUACAGCUCCUGGCUACAUCUGUAACUGCAAUCCUGGUUGGCAAGGAACCAAUUGUGACCAAAACAUCGACGAAUGCGCCAGCAGCCCGUGUCAAAAUGGAGGAACCUGCACUGACGGCAUUAAUGGAUUCUCGUGCACCUGCACAGCCCAGUGGACCGGCCCACUCUGUCAAACCGCACAACAAGGUCACGAUGACUAUGACCACCAGGUCAGCUGUGCAUGGGUGAUCCACACCGAGCCUCAUAAGAUUCUGCGCAUCACAUUUCCUUUUUUUCACCUGGAGAGCAGCACCAACUGCAACUUUGACUUUCUUCAGAUCCAUGAUGGGGAUAGUGCCUCCGCUCACAUGCUUGGAAAAUACUGUGGCCAAAAUAACCCCCAAGAACUUCACAGCUCAUUCAAUUCGCUAUACUUCUGGUUUCGCUCUGACCACUCUGUUAGUGCUGGGGGCUUCACAGUCGCCUGGCAGAGUCAGGAUCCAGUUUGUGGAGAGGAACUAACCGCUCCCUAUGGCAGCAUAAACUCACCUGGUUAUCCCGGAAACUACCCUCCUGGUCGGGACUGCUACUGGACCGUGACCGUGGAACCUGGCCUCCUCAUCAUGUUUGCAUUUGGGACCCUCAGUCUGGAAAAUCAUCCUGAUUGCAACUUUGACUUUCUCGAGAUCAGGGAUGGCCUUCUCCCUGAGGACCCAGUCAUCGGAAAGUACUGCAGCACUGGACUGCCCCCCCCCUUACAGACGACAGGCCCAAAUGCAUGGAUCCACUUUCACUCAGACUCCAGCGUCUCAGACAGAGGCUUCCACAUUACAUAUACAACUUCCCCAAGCGACCCUGGUUGUGGUGGUACGUUCACUGACAGUGAGGGCAUUAUCAUUUCCCCAAACUGGCCUAAUAACUAUGCCCACAACCGCCAGUGUAUCUAUUUGAUCAGGUUGCCAGCAGGUGAAAAGGUGGCCCUUAAUUUCACUGACAUGGAUCUGGAAAGCCACAGCAACUGCGCUUUUGACUUUGUAGAGGUUCGUGAUGGAAUAACAGAACAGGAUCCAUUGAUAGGAAAGUACUGUGCGAGCACCCUGCCAGCUCCCAUACUCUCAUCCUCCAACUUCUUAUGGAUUCGCUUCAAGUCUGACAGUUCAGUCAGCCGAGCUGGCUUCAGGGCAGUCUACAGUGUUGGAUGUGGCGGUACGUUAUCUGGAACAGGACAAUUGCGCUCGCCCUACCAUCCAAAUGCUUAUCCCCACAACAAGGUCUGCGAGUGGGUCAUUAACCAGCAGGAGGGUUAUGUGGUCACACUUAACUUUCUGUCCUUUGACGUCGAAGGAGGCUCCUGCCGCUAUGACUUUGUUGAGGUCAGAGACGGGUCCACAUCGAGCUCUCCUCUGCUCGGGACAUUUUGUGGUGACCAACUCCCCUCCAGGCUUCAGUCCACGCAGAAGUCUUUGUACAUCAAAUUCAGAACAGACGCUUCUGUGAGCAACAAUGGCUUUGAAGCAGCUUAUGGCUCUGCCCUGAAAGGAUGUGGGGAAACCCUGACCGGUCUCUCAGGCGUGAUCACCAGCCCCGGCCAUCCCACCAGCUACCCCCACGGUGCAAAUUGUACUUGGUUCAUCAGUGUUGUGCCAGGCCACUUGAUCCGCUUGUCAUUUGACUCGUUUAAUCUGGAGUACCAUGCCAACUGUAAUUUUGAUUACGUGGAAAUCUAUGACAAUGGCACAGUGCAGACCGGAAACAAGAUCGGCAGGUACUGUGGCCGUUCAGUGCCGCCAUCGAUCACAAGUUCGGACAGCCAACUGACCCUGCUGUUCGUGUCCGACUCAAGUUUAGCCACCGAAGGAUUCUCUGCCAGCUACAUAUCUAUCAAUGCCACCACAGACUGUGGAGAGUCCUUCAGCUCUCCUACAGGCUUCUUCAGCUCACCCAACUAUCCCGACUUCUACCCUAACACAAGAGACUGCGUCUUCAAGAUCACCGUUGAGCUCAACAUGCAGAUUAAACUGAAUUUUUCAAAUUUUGAGUUAGAGGGCUCGCCCCCUUCUUGCAACUUUGACUUUGUGGAGAUCAGGGAUGGUGGCUAUGAGACAUCCCCCUUCAUUGGCAAGUUCUGUGGAGAUCAGAGACCCCCAGUUUUGGUGUCCCAUAGCAACCGCUUGUGGGUAAGAUUCCGCUCUGAUGCCACUGUUACACGUCGUGGAUUCAUGGCCUAUUGGGAUGGAACACAGACCGGCUGUGGAGGGACACUGACAACUGCAUCUGGGAUGUUUUCCUCUCCCAACUACCCGCUGCCAUAUCAUGCCAAUGCUGAGUGUUACUGGAACAUUCAGGCCAGUCAAGGCAGCCAACUCCAGCUGUCGUUCUCUGAUUUUCACCUGGAGUCCAGCUCCUCCUGUUCUUACGACUACGUUGCUGUGUACGAUGGAAACAGCAGUAACGCUCCAGAGCUGGCAAAGCUUUGUGGCAUUCAGUUGCCUAUGACCAUCAACGCGUCCAGCAGUCAGCUGUACGUCAAACUCCGCACGGACGCCAGCGUCGCCGCUGGAGGAUUCCUCGCAUCGUAUAGUUCCAAAUGUCAGAACAUAGUCAUCUCAGGCCAACACAGAGGAGUGAUUGAGUCGCUCAACUUUCCCAACCUCUACCCUGCCAACUCCCUCUGCAGCUGGACAAUAGAGGCCACCACCGGAAACACUGUCAACUACACUUUCAAUGCCUUCCAGUUGGAGCGCACAUCAAGCGGAUGUAUCCAUGACUACAUCAAGCUCUAUGAUGGGUCCAACGAGCAAGCUCCACUGAUUGGUACAUUCUGUGGGUACAGUCCACCCCCAGCCAACAGCACCACGAGCUCAGCUCUCACCAUGACGUUCAGAACGGACUCCACCGUGUCUAUGUCUGGAUUUCAGAUGAUUUGGUACCAGAACGGUUGUGGUGGGGACCUGUCUGGUCCUAAUGGGUCCUUCAGUAGCCCUGGCUAUCCGAACAAGUAUCCUGAAAACAGAGAGUGCAUCUGGUAUAUCACUUCAGCUGCUGGCACCAGUAUAACUCUCACUAUCCAUGAGUUUGAUGUGGAGUUCCAUCAAACCUGUAACUAUGACGUGCUUGAAGUGUACGGAGGCCCUGACUUGUCAGCCCCCCGGUUGGUUCAGCUCUGCACCACCACAUCACAGCCCAUGCACGUCUCCAGCACGGGCAACCUGCUCACCGUGCGCUUCAAGUCUGAUUCCUACGUCAGCGGUCGAGGAUUCAAUGCAAGCUGGUCUGAAAACCAGGGAGGGUGUGGAGGAACUGUCUCGGCUCCUUCCGGGAGCAUCCAUUCCCCCAUGUAUCCCAACAACUAUCCAAACAAUGUGGACUGUUCCUGGGUCAUCAGCGUGGACCACCACCACCGUGUCUUUUGGAACUUCACUGACCUGGACAUUGAAAACCAUAGCAACUGCUCCUGGGAUUAUGUUGCCAUCUAUGACGGCCCGAGCUCAUCUUCUCCUCUACUUGCUCACGUUUGUGGCACCAGCGCUCCCCCUGUCACCUCCACUCAGCACAGCAUCUUUGUCCGCUUUAGGUCCGACUCCAGUCGCAGCCACCGGGGUUUCAGCGCUACCUUCUCAGAAGCAUGUGGCACGACCAUUAUAACCGACAAUAACGGGGGGGCUAUUGCAUCGCCCCGGUACCCUGCACUAUACCCACCAAAUCAGAACUGCAGCUGGAUCAUCAAAGCACUCAACCAUGUGACCCUGUCAUUCACUGACUUUGACCUGGAAAGAAUCAACUCCAAUUGCUCACACGAUGCCGUGGAGAUCCUUGAUGGAGACAACUAUCAGGCGCCUUCCAUAGGGCGCUACUGUGGCUCUGACAUACCGCAUCCAGUGACGUCUUUCAGCAACUCCAUGGUCGUCAACUUCAUCUCUGACGUAUCCGUCUCCAGAAAAGGGUUCAGAGCCACUUACACUGCCUCCACCUCCAGUUGUGGAGGAGAUCUUGUGAUGCAGAACGGGGUAUUUAACAGUCCCAACUAUCCAGAUGCUUAUCCACCGAAUAUGGAAUGUGUGUGGACCAUCAGAAGCUCGCCAGGAAAUCGUCUCCAGCUCUCUUUUAUUAUGUUUAAUCUCCAAGGUGACUCAAGUUGUCAGAACGACUAUUUGGAAAUCAGAGAAGGAAACUCCACAGGGUCCCUCGUUGGUCUCUUCUGUGGAAACAUGCUCCCCUCUAACUACACCUCUGUGAUUGGCCACAUCCUCUGGGUUAAGUUUGUCUCAGACGCAUCAGUUAGCGGAGAAGGAUUUAGAGCAACAUUUUCACAUUUGUAUGGAAUCGAUCUGAUUGGGGAUUCUGGUGAGAUCGCAUCCCCGCUGUAUCCCAGGACUUACCCCAAUAACGCCCACUACCGCUGGACCAUCAAUGUGGCUGGAGACAGCUACGUCCAGAUCUCCUUCCUGGAUAUGGACAUAGAGGACACGCAAUAUUGCAACUAUGACUAUCUGAAAAUAUUUGAUGGCCCGGAUGUUCAUAGCUACCCUAUUGGUACAUUCUGUGGCCUUGGCUUGCCUUCCCCCGUACGAAGUUGGGGAAGCACUGUCACCUUGCAGUUCCUGUCAGAUUCGGUGGUGGCAGGACGAGGCUUCCUGGUGAAAUGGAAGGCCGUGCAGGACUCUGGACCAUCACCUACCAUUACACCAGGUGCAUGUGGAGGGAUGCUGAUAACAGGAGAGACUCCCGGUUUCCUUUUUUCCCCUGGAUGGCCGGAAGAAUACCCCCCUAACCAGGAGUGUACUUGGCUGCUACGUUCCCCAGACUCAACCGUGGAGUUUAACAUCUUGUCUCUAGACAUGGACGGCUACCCAGGCUGCUACUCUGAUAGCCUGGUUAUCAGAGACGGUGCAACAAGUCUGUCUCCCGUGCUGGCGACUGUGUGUGGUCGGAAUCCUCAAGGUCCGUUCCACUCAACAGGAGACUCCAUGUUCAUCCAUUUCUCUUCAGACAGCGUCAUGAAUGGCCACGGAUUCAAUGCCUCCUACUCCAAAGGUUGUGGGGGCUUUCUGCAUGUAAAUAGAGGAACGGUCAGCAGUCCCCACUAUCCGCAGAACUACCUGUCUGGUCUGGACUGCCGCUGGCACGUGAUGGUCACACCCGGCUUUAAAGUGUCCGUAAAUUUCCUAAGACCCUUCCAGAUUCAGGGAUAUGGAACCGGAUGUAGCUCAGGAGACUACCUGGAGGUCAGAAAUGGUCCAGAUGACUCAUCUCCACUACUUGGAGAACGGAUCUGUGGUUCAAGCCCCCCGUCAAUGAUCCAGACCACUGAUAGCGACAUGUAUAUCAAAUUUGUAUCUGAUGCCACAUGUGGAGGCUUCAUUGAGCUUAAUGAUAACGACCCACCGGGUUACAUUACCUCACCUAACUAUCCUCAGAAUUAUCCUCAAAAUAUUGACUGUGUCUGGGUGAUAACCGUUCCAAAUGGAGAAGCUGUCCAAAUUGAUUUUGAGGAUGAAUUUUACAUUGAACAAACAGCAAGUUGUGCAUAUGAUUACUUGGAAUUGCGUGAUGGCUCAACAUCCAAUUCUGAUGCAAUUGCGAGGCUAUGUGGCAGCACCAGACCAUCGACCCAGCAUUCAACACAGUCCGCCAUGUUUCUUAGAUUCCGCACUGACCAUAGUGUUACUCAUAAAGGAUUUAAGGCAAAGUACUCCAUAGCAACAUGUGGAGGAACCUAUAUUGGUCAAAUGGGAACAAUCCACAGUCCUGGCUUCCCUGAUUCUAGCUAUCCUGAUGGCAGCAACUGUGAGUGGUACCUUGAGGGGCCCACUGGACAUUAUCUAACCAUAAGCUUUGACAGUUUCAGCCUGCAAACAACUCCAGGGUGCUCUGCUGACUUUGUGGAGAUCAGAGAGUAUAAUGCCUCUGGACGACUUUUGGGCCGACACUGUGGCAGUAAUCUACCACCUUCCGUGGACACUUCUGACAGUUUUGCUUAUGUCAAAUUUGUGACUGACUUAAGUGGAAAUGCAGCUGGAUUCAGUCUAUCAUUUGAGGCCAGUAUUGAAGCUUGUGGAGGGCAACUGAAUGCCCCAUCAGGGACCAUCUCCUCUCCCAAUUACCCCAAUUUAUAUCCUCACAGUCGAGUGUGUCACUGGGAGGUGGUGGUGGCUCCAGACCGUAAGGUUACUCUCACCAUCAAUGACCUCCGGCUGGAAGGUUCCAGUGGUGCCUGUGUGUUUGACUACCUUGAUAUAUACAACGGAUUAGCGGAGGAUGCUCCUCGCUUACAUCGACUAUGUGGUACAGUCCCAGCAGGCACUCAAGUGCGUUCCUCUGGAAACACAAUGUCCAUUGUGUUCUACACAGAUGCUUCUGUAUCCAGUGGUGGCUUCAUGGCCUCUUACGUCUCUGAUGAGCCUGCAGAUUGCGGGGGAGUCCUUAACAACCCAGCCGGUGGGAACUUCAGUUCCCCAGGCUAUCUUGUGUCCAAUUACAGUGACAACCUCAAUUGUGAGUGGACGAUUCAAAACCCACAUCAUAUAAACUCCUCUAUCGUGGUGCUUAUUGAAGACUUGCACCUGGAGAACCAUCAGACGUGUGACUCAGACUAUCUCCAGUUCCGCUUUGGUGAUUCUGAUGGAGAACUUUUGGCCAAGUUUUGUGGACAGACCACGCCUCCAGUUCCAAUUGUGGUCUUCACCCCAAACCUGUGGGUUCAUUUUCAGACUGAUUCUUCUCAGGGAGACUUGGGCUUUAAAGCCAAGUACAUGUUCUCAGAAUGUGGAGGCUGGCUGACGGAUGAAGGGGUGUUUUCAAGUCCAAAUUACCCCAAUCCCUAUCCCAGUCCCAGUCGUUGUGCUUGGCUGCUUGAAGCUCCUGUGGGGCACACAAUCGUGUUGACCUUCAGCAACUUCAACCUGGAGCCCCACUCACAAUGUGGCUGGGACUCUGUGACAGUCUUCAAUGGCGCUUCCCCCGGUUCCCCCAUCAUCGGUCAGUACUGUGGUACCACCUCCCCAGGGACCAUCCGCUCAGGCUCCAACAAACUGGCUGUAGUUUUCCUGGCUGACCAUAGUGUGUCCCGAGGUGGAUUUGUAGCCUCGUGGUCUGCUGACUCUUCAGGAUGCGGCGGGAUAAUUCACGCAGAUUCAGGUGUAAUCAAGUCACCAAACUAUCCACAGAACUUCCCAAGCAAUGUAGAGUGUUCCUGGCAGAUCAUUGCCCAUGAGGGAAAUCACUUGGAGAUGAGCUUCAGCAGGGAUUUUGAGAUUCCAGACAAUAGUGGCACCUGUGAAAAUAGUUAUAUCAAGGUGUGGGAAGGUACAACUCAGAAUGCUGAAUCACUGCUGGCCACAGGCUGUGGUUCCACGGCCCCAGGACCAAUCGUUGCUCCUUACAACACAAUCACCAGUCGAUUUCAGGCCACUGGAGCUCAGGGCAAGGGAUUCCAACUUUCCUUCACUACCAGGUGUGGUGCGAACUUCACGGCCUCCAGUGGACGUGUUUCCUCCCCAAAUUACCCAGCUAACUACCCUGACCGAUCCAACUGCAACUACACGAUAGAUGCUGGCGACAAGACUGUGAUCAUCCUCACCUUCCAAGUGUUCCAGUUAGAAGCGCACUCCACGUGUAUUCAUGACGGUCUGAAGAUCUACAACCUACUUACCAGUAGCACCCCUCUUGCUACUCUGUGUGGCACCAGCAUACCGGGGCCUUUUUCCACUUUUGGUCCCAUGCGACUGCAUUUCUACUCUGACUUUUCGGUCAGCAGUCGUGGCUUCAUGGCAGAGUACAGAGCAAUUCCAUGUGGCGGUUUCUUCAACAGCACUAUGGGGACAGUGAGCAGUCCAGCCCUGUCCAUGGCCAACUACCACCAUAACAUAAACUGUACCUACCAUAUAGAAGUCAGGGAAGACAAAGUGGUCGAUUUAAAGUUUAACACCUUCCACCUUGAGGCAUCUUCUUCGUGUCGCUAUGACUAUGUGGCAGUGUAUGAUGGGCAGGACACCUUUGCGCCCCUUCUGGGAAAAUUCUGUGGUACAGCGAUGCCCCCUAAUCUGCGCUCCUCCUCCAACAAGCUAUUCAUCGUGUUCAGGACAGAUGCCUCAGUGAAUGGGAUCGGCUGGAGAGCUGUAUACAGUCAAACACUUGGGCCAGCACAAGGAUGUGGUGGCUAUCUGUCCAUGCCUAUGGGCAUGUUUGGUUCCCCGGAUCCAAACCUGGAUGGACGCUAUGAGCCGGGGAUGGAUUGUGUUUGGACCAUUGAGAUGCCAGUGAACCAGGCCAUAAAUCUCACCUUCAGCUCUUUUGACCUCGAGAGCUCCUCCACCUGCCGCUACGACUAUGUCAAAGUGUAUGAUGGUGACAACAUGAACUUCCCUUUGGUCGGAACAUUUUGUGGCUCCUCUAUCCCUCCUACCUUUGUGUCUGGUGGAAACUUCUUGACGAUUCGUUUUGUCACAGACGGUUCAGUGCAGAGGCAGGGCUUCAACGCUACCUACAGAGCCCUACCAUUGGUUUGCGGUGGGACUCUAAACGCCACCACCGCCAUACAGACCUUGACGUCUCCAUCCUUCCCGAGUGGAUAUCCUCCCUAUACUAACUGUCGUUGGAUUCUGGACGCUCCAUUCCAGGAAACCAUUCAAGUAUCAGUCGAAGUGUUUGUCCUCGCUCCUACCCAAAGUUGUGCGACAAAUUUCUUGGAGAUGAAAGACUGGCCUUUGGGAGAUCAUGGACAGUCGCACAAGUUCUGUGCAGUGGAUGCUCAUCCUCCAGACUUUUACAGUUACAGUAGGACAACCCUGGUGCACUUCAAAUCUGACAUGUUCAUGGAAGGAAAUGGCCUCAGAUUCACUUAUCGAAUUGCCAACUGCAGCCGAACCUAUGAACAAGAAUAUGGCUAUUUCAAAAGCCCUGGCUGGCCAGAUGUUUACCCCCACAAUAGUGACUGCGUCAUCAUCCUGAAGGCACCACAGGGCAGCUACAUCUCGCUCUUCUUCAACAAUUUUGACCUGGAAAGCCACACCAAUUGUCAAUAUGACUAUUUGGAGGUUCGUAAUGGAAGUACAGCAGAAUCCCCGAUGAUUGGACGCUUCUGUGGCAGCAGCCUGCCCAGCCCCAUCUUUCCACAAUCCGGCCUGCUCUACUUACGCUUCAAGAGUGACUUCUCCCACAGCCGAGAUGGUUUCGAUGCCACCUGGACAUCCUCCCCUCACGGUUGUGGUGGUACUUUGUACGGAGACCAUGGCUCAUUCGCAAGCCCCAACUACCCGGGAACUUAUCCGAACGCGACUCAUUGUGAGUGGGGGAUCGUAGCUCCCAGAGGUCGUGUGGUGACUGUCAACUUUUACCAGCUCAGCAUAGAUGACAGAGGAGACUGUCUAAACAACUUCUUGAAGUUGUAUGAUGGCCCUAACAAUUCCUCACUUCCUGUUGGACCUUACUGUGGAAUGGAAACCAACAUUGCUCCGUUUACAGCCUCCUCAAACCAGGUCUACAUAGUUUUCCAAGCACAAUACUCCACAUUGCCAUCAGGAUUUAGACUCACUUGGAAUAGCUGAGAGAAUGCCUUUCUUUUUAUAUUGUCACACACAGAUUUCCAUGUAAAUGUCUGAAUUACAAAAUGUAAACAUGCAAUGUAUAAUUUUAGCUCAAACUAAUUUAAUAAAUGAACAAAUUACAUUUUAAUAAAUACAUUAUUUCAAAGGUG